AUGCAAAGUGGAGAAACGGAAGAGGAUAUGUCCGACGAUCAACGUUUUUCUAGCGAGAUAGAAAUUAACUUAGGAAAUCUGUCCGAAUAUGAAAAAGGGUUUUCAGGAGUUAUUGCUCCCAACGUUUACCUGGAGAUCGAUGAGGAAAAGCGUCAUAAAACAUACGCAAUUUUGCAAGAAACACGCCAGGAUUUCUCUGAAAACAAACUAAAAUCAUUAUUAUUAAUUUACACCAAUAGUUCUUGGGACCUCUUUAUACUGUGUUCUCUAUUUAUCUCAUAUUUGUUGGACAGUACCAUUUACACUUUUUGCAAGCCCAACCAACGCCCUUUUUGUAUUGUAGUACUUAUAAUCUGUUUAAACUUCAUAUUUAUGUUCGAUGUGAUAGUAAAAGCUUUUUUAAAGUUCUUCAAGCAGUGGACUAAAACACUUAACAUCGUUGAACCAGAUACGAUCAAGGUCAUCUUAGAUACAGUACUAGCAUUGCCAUGUGGAUUUUGUUACUUUGUAGUUAAUAGUGAUUUUUCGUUUUACUGUCAUAGUUUAUCUCCAUUGUUUGCCGCAUUGCGAGUUUAUAGGAUCAUAGAGUAUUUCUACAAUAAAUCUUCACAAGCUGGGAGCAACCAAUGGACAACAUUUUUAUUUCAAUAUUUGACGUUGUUUUUACUGUCCGUUCACACGAGUACGUGUAUCUGGUAUUUAUUUGCCAAUCAAAGUUUCGAUUUGCACAAAUUUUAUUCGUCUUGGUCUCAUUCGGCGAUUUAUUUUCCGAUUGAAUCUACAUUAGAUUGGUAUUAUGUUUGUGCGUAUUGGUCAGUAACGAUUUUAACUACUAAUGCUCUUGGUGACCUCUACCCUGUUACGACAAUUGAGAGAAUCACUGCGAUAUUUGCAACUUUAUUAGGAUUCUUAUUAACGACCAUAGUCUUUGUGGGUUCGUUAACCUCUCAAUUUUUAACAAUAAGUACUAGACGAGCACAAUAUGUCAGACAGUUGAUGAAAAUUAGAAGAUACCUCGAGACUAUUAAUAUGGACUCUGAAACUACCACACGAAUCUUAAAAUACUAUGAAGAUCUUUGGUAUCAGAAAUCUGGAGUUUUCAAACCUGUACUGCUGAAAAUGUUGCCGUCUCCGCUGCAAAUGGAAAUAUGUUACGAUUUGAACGCCGUUCCGCUGUAUUGCUCUUUGUUAUUUAGGAAGCUUCCGGAAUCGUUCCUUAGGAGAUUGUCACUGGCUAUGACUCAUCAAUUUUACCUACCGGGUGAUGUUAUUUAUAGUCACAACCAGAAUAAGACCUUUAUGGUAUGUCUCACUAAGGGUGUUAUAGAAAUACUAUCUGAUGAAGAUGACGAGAGCCCGAUGAUUUCCUUUUCAAAAGGCACCUGUUUGGGCGAAAUAGCUUUAUUCCACAAUAUACCUGCAAGAUGUACAGUUAAAGCCGCGACGUACGUAGAAUGUCAAGUUCUAUCAAAAAUAAGUUUUAUACAACUUAUGAUCACUUAUCCGGAGAUAAAUGAGAAAUUAAGAUCGGAAAUUCAAGAUCGAAUACAAAAAAGCAAACGAACAAAACGAAAUCGGGAAAAUGAAAGGCGAUUAUCAUUGAACAUUUAUGCUUCAAGAAGUCGAAAAAAAAGUAGUAUUAAAUGCGUUAAAGACAAAUUAAGGUACAUUCAAGGUAAAACAGAUGUAAACAGUAUAACCGACGAAGAUGAAUUGGAAGAAAGUUACUUAGAUUUGUAUAUGAUAUCAGAUCAUGUGAAAAAAAGAAUUUCCUAUUUUACUUGCAUAAACCCCUCAUUUCCUUGGAUCUUGGAAGCAGACUGUUAUCUUGCCAAAUAUUGGGAGCACUACAUGUUGCUCCUUGUUUUAUACAUUUGCAUAUUUUAUCCAUAUUUUAUCGGUAUUUUAAGGAAAUUUCCAGAUGGAUUAACCUUUUACAUUCAAACAAUUAUCACUAUAUCUUUAAUCCUUAACGUAUUCAUUACGAGUUUGACUGCAGUUAAGACGAAAAAGAAAUACAUUAGAAAUUUCAAAGGCAUACUAAGUUAUAGGAUGAACACUCUAGGUUUCUACCUAGAUAUUAUUUCAAUAAUUCCAUUUGAAUACAUAGUUACAAUUCACAAAGCGGUCCAUUAUUCAGACAACUACAGAGACCAUCUGUUUUAUUUUUGCAAAGGAGUUAAAUUGUGUUUGAUAUGGAGAUUGUGUGAUUACUUUGAGAAAUUAGAAAAUAAACUGCUUUUGAAUACCAUAAUAAUAAAGAUUUUAAAGUACUGCGUCUACAUAAUCUUAUUGUGUUACUGGUGUGGAAUUGUUUUGUAUUUGGAAUCAUGCUAUGUGAAGCGAUGCCCCGAAAUAUCUUGGUUCAACCGAGCUCGUACCGUCGAGGACCAAGUAAAACGUAACGUAGCUUCUAGCAAAGUAACGUAUCCACUUUUAACAUCCAUGUACUUUUCUACGUCGAUAAUGUUAUCUAUCGGUUACGGAGAUUUCGUGCCUGUUGAUCAAUACGAUGUGGCAGUAGUGGCUUUUCUCAGCUUAUAUGGCGUUUUAUUGGUCGGAUACUGUAUUUCGGAAUUCUCAGCAGUCGUUACGCACUGGUCAAGAACUAAAACAGCAUUUCUAGAAAUAAUUUUAACAGUGAACAAGUUUAUGAGAGAGAACAACAUGCACAAAACGAUAAAGUCGAGAAUUAUGGCUUUCUACGAACUACAGUGGCAAUACAAUUCGGGCGUAGAACUAACAGAAGAAAAUUGGAUAAAAAACUCGGUAAUACCGUCAGAGCUUCGAAAGAAAGUUCUACAUCAAGCAAGGUUCAAAGUGAUAACGUCAAUACGUUACUUCAAAGUAAAAAACAAGGCUUUUAUACAGAGUUUAACUGAAAUGGCCCAUGACGUCAUAUUGCCCCCCGGCGAAAUAUUGUACUAUAGCGGCACAAUUACCAGGGAAAUGUAUGUAAUUGAGAGUGGCUACUGUAUGCUCACUUAUAUGACCGAAAACAACAAAAAACAUGAAAGGAUUAUAGGUCCAGGAAAUCAUCUUUGUCUGCUGGUGCUACUAUACGGAGUCCCCGCUAUUUAUACUGUUAUUACAAAAACUCAUUGUAAACUGAUAUCUAUAACUUAUUCGGCAUACUCGUCGGCUCUAAGUCUCUUCCCUGACAUGAAAGAACACGAGAAUCUAUUAACUUCAAACGAGCUCCAGUACAUUGAAUCAUUGUCUAAAUUGCAAAACGUUGAUAUGUACGUUAAACAUCGAUUUUGUCCGAGAAGUAAGAAAGUAAUUAAAAUUACAGGAAUCCUUCAAGAUUUCUUUGACGAUUCUUUUAUCAACGUUAUCACUUAUUAUAACCAAAACAAAAUGAACUAUAUGAAUUCUUAUAAUCAAUUCACCGCGCUCAGUAACAUCGCACGCUAUGUCCUACUGCCAGUCGUUAUAAAACCUGAUGGAAUAUUUCUAAGCAUCUGGUGCAUAAUCAGAGUUUUUUCCGCAUUUAUACUCAGUUUAUUAAUACCGGUGGCAGUAGCAAUGGCUCCUCUAUACGGGUCAUUUGCAGUGACAAUAUCGACUUUUGAAUACAUUAUGUACUUAGAUCUAUAUGUAAUGAUGCAUGUGGCAUAUUACGGAGAAAAAAACCAGUUAAUAUUUCAUCCAUAUCUAACAGCUAAACGAUAUAUUAAGGGUCCAUUCCUCGUAGACCUGAUAACAUGUUUUCCUUGGUUUUUGUUAUGGUUACUAUUCAUACCAAAACACGAUGAAGGACACACAACUCAAGAUCAUCUGACUCAUAAUCACUUUUCCCACUGCAUUGUAAAAAUGGUAAAUGUUCUGCAGAUAUAUAAACUCUGCACGGCUUUUUGGGCUGAUUCUAUCAGUGGUUUGAAACGGGCGUAUCUCAUGAGCGUUGUCCAAUUCUUUCUAUUAACAUUAUUUUUUUUGAAUCUAUACGCUUCAAUUUUGAUUAUGCUAUCUUGUACAUACGUUAUUGGUACAGAUAUAAAUGACUAUUCAGUCAAAAUAAAUCGGUUGCAAUCGCUAGAAAAGUAUGUAAAGUCUGAAUACAAUCCAGGUGGAAAUAUGGCAUGUCUGCGUGGUUCAUGGAUAGACAUGAUAGACGAAAAAAAUGAUACGCAGUAUCCACCAUCAACAGUAUUUCUCUUGGCUUAUUAUUGGGCUGCUGCAAGUCUCAGUGGCGCAGGCUUUGGAGACAUCACAGCGCAGGAUACCGGACAUCUUGUAUUGUCAAUAUGCGCUAAUAUCCACGGACUGCUAUUUUUUGGAUACGUUUACGCCAGGAUAGCGUCGUUGAAAGCGAUCGCCAAUACGGUCGUUACAAAAUUUCAAGAAAAUAUGAAACAUUUACAAAUGUUCUUGAAUAGAGAAAAGGUUCCUUUGAAUUUGAAGAAGUCAGUAAUUGAAUAUUGGAAAUAUCAAUGGAAAAGAACGGGUGGAUGGUGUCAUCAGUUAAUUCUUGAUAAACUCCAUUCGAAUUUAAAAGAAGACGCAGUUUUAUACAUGUACGAGAAAACGCUUAGGGAAAUACCACUGUUCGAAAACUUGGAAUAUGCUUUUUUUCGAGCGGUGGCCAAGAAGCUUCAAGAGAAAUAUUUUCAAAAAGGUUUCAUGAUUUUGAAAUCACACGAAGUAAUGAGUGAUAUGCAUAUAAUAUAUCGUGGCAAGGUGGACAUAGUAUCAGAUAUAAAUGAAGUCGAAGCAUGUAUGGGACCUGGAGGUAUUUUCGGGAACAUACGAGGUGCAAGCAGAUACUUGACCAAGUCAAAUGUUAUAGCUUCCAGAAAUACAGAUCUAUUGAGUAUUGACGGAAGAGAAUUUUACAAUUUACUAAAGAGCUAUCCCUCUGUGCUAAAGAAAGUUAAAGAAUCAGUUGAUUCAGCGGCCAAAGAUUACGUAUUGCCAACGUUUUCAUUUGAUAAGGACAGCGAUGACAUUGAAACAUAUGCUAUGAGUUACGAGCCCGGUGAUAAUGAUGACGAAAACGAAAUUGAUAUUUCACAAAUGGAGAGUCCCGAAAAAAGUAAUGCCGAAUCACACGGAUCAAGAUCAUUAACAUCAACCUAUUUAUAUUUCACAUCGGCAACGUUUUUGAUUUUUAAGCCACACAGAUGGUUCCGACGGAGCAUCAUACCUGACAGUAAAUUUAUAAUAUUCAUGGAAUACUUAAUUAUCGUCGCAUCUUACGUCGACUUUAUGUUGCUUAUUUAUCAAAUGGCAUUCCAAUCAAUUACUUAUUUCUUUUACGAAUGCGUCGUGGUGGACGCUCUUUUCAUUUUCAAAUUGUUCUUGGACAUUCACACCGGAUACUUGAACAGAUAUGGAGAUUACGUUUUGAGCCCAAGGAAAGUCCGAGAAAAGUACUUCUCGAAUAUUUUUCUACGUAGACUUGAUUUUUUGGCGAACUUACCAAUUAGUUAUAUAGCUUUUACUCUAUCACUAAAACCUUCAACGCAAAUGAUAUUCUUUUGUUAUCUUCGCACGCCGCAGCUAUUCAGGAUUUCUUACAUGUUCAGUUAUCGAAGCCAGAAAAAUACAAACAUAGGAACCGGUAAUCUACUAUUUAAACUGACAUCUAUUGCAAUUUGGGCAACAAUACUUUCACAUAUAAACGCCUGUAUAUUUUUCAAGUUAUCGUGCCUUACGCCUGUGCAUUGUACGUCCACUAAUUGGAUGUCGAAGAAAGAACUUAACUUAACCCACAAGUAUAUACAGGAAAGUUACUUCACGAUUUACAUUGCGUCCUUGUGGUACGUGAUCAACUUGCUAACCAUUACGGGAACUGGAGAUGUAACAGCACAAAACAAUUUCGAAGUUAUAGAAACUAUUAUCAUCAUUAUCAUUAUAAAAUUCUGCACAGGUCUUCUAAUAUCGGAGAUGUCAGCAUUAAUAUCAGCGCAUUCAUCAUCGCGAAUAGCUUACGACUACGGCAUAAAUGAGCUUAGGGAUGGCCUAAGAGACAUGGGUUUGAGUGGCCAUCAAAUGGAAAAAAUGUGGGCCUAUGUAAAAGAACUGUGGAAUCGACAACAAGGAAAACAGAUGCCUGAAUUAGUCCUGAACUUGCCAAGUCGCCUGCGCAGCCAGGUGAUGUUGGCUGUGUACGGAUCUCAUAUCAGGGACUCUGUUAUAUUCAAGAGAACCGAAGAAGAUUUUCGGAGAAUGUUGGCUCUGUGGAUGAGACAUUGUGUAUUCUUCCCCGGAAACUACAUAGUACAGUGCGGAGACUCGGACCAAUGCAUUUAUUUUAUCCACAGAGGACAAGUGGAAGUUUUAACAGUUCAUCCUAAUUUGACGGAGUCCAUUUACGAUAUUUUGGGGCCCGAGGACAGCUUCGGUAUCGCACAAGGUUUAUACGUUGGAGUCUUACAUCAUUUCUCAUUUCGAGCGCGCACCGUCGUCGAUAUUGUAUACUUGAAAUUGGAACAAUGGAAAUAUUUGUUGGAUUUUUAUCCGAAAUCCGCGAAAAUCGUCCAGAAGAAAGUUGAGAAUAUGUUUUUAGCUAUUUAG